GAAUAAAACCCUCAUCGAUCAGUCUGAACUGAUCGUUCAACAAUGGCGAUGUCGAUCACGAACUGCUUGAUCUACGUGUUUGUAUCUCUCCUCAUCUCCUCUCUGGCUCUAGCUAGCUCCGAUGCUCCGUUCAUCGUAGCUCACAAGAAAGCCUCUCUUACUAGGCUAAAGACCGGCGUUGAACGAGUCUCCGUCUCCAUCGACAUCUACAACCAAGGAUCCGUUGCGGCAUACGAUGUAAGCCUUUCUGAUGAUGGUUGGUCCAAAGAGAUCUUUGAUAUUGUCUCUGGCAAUACUUCAAUUUCAUGGGAACGUCUUGAUGCUGGUGCUCUUGUAUCACAUGUUUUUGAAUUGGAGUCGAAGACACAAACAGUAUUUUACAGUGCUCCUGCUGUCAUCACAUUCCGAAUUCCAACUAAGGCUGCUCUACAGGAGGCAUACUCUACGCCUAUUCUGCCUUUGGAAAUCCUUGCUGACAGACCUCCAGAAAAGAAGUUUGAUUGGGCUAAGAGAUUGUUGGCUAAGUACGGGUCUUUGAUUUCGGUGAUCUCUUUUGUGGGUUUAUUUGUAUACCUGAUUGUGACUCCAUCAAAGUCUGGUGGUGCUAAAGGAAGCAAAAAGAAGCGCUAGUGAAUUUGCUGUUCUCCUUCGUUUAGGACUUUGAGAUGAGAUCCACUUUCUGAUAAGUUAAAUCGCGGCCCUUCUUUUAGAAGUUUUUUUCCGUUUGUGUUGUGUUUAGACAUUUUGUAUGUGGUUUCGUUAAAGCUUUUGUUAUAAUUAGUUACUAAAGAAGCACAAUUUUACUCAUUUUGGGUUGCUAUAACUUACAUAAUUAUGAUGGUUUCAACUUUUUAAGUAGUAAAUUUUUUUUUU